AUGCAAGAUCAACAGGAAUUUAAUAUUCCAGAGGAGGUAAACGAGGAGACAUCAAGGACUGUUCAAGAAUUUGUAAAAUACUUUGCCAGCCAGCGAUCAAUCAUGAACAAGGUGAUUCUAUACAUUUUCUACUAAUUUAUAUAGAUUUUUGUAAUUUAAUUACAAAAAUUAAUAUAAAUAUAAUUAUAUUUAUAUUAUGUUUGUGAUGUUACUCUGAGUGUGUAUCCACACCGGGCAAGCUUGAGAAUUUUCCCACCGUGGUCAGGCAUAUUUCUCAAGCUUGCCCGGUGUGGAUACACACUCAGAGUAACAUCACAAACAUCAUAUAUUCACCUGAGUACAUAACACCAACACACAAAAUUCAUAUUUAUAUUAAUUUUUGUAAUUAUAGUUCUUUUAUCAAAAAUUAUAAGAUGACACAAAAUUGUCCCCUCAUUUUUUAUUGUUUUGCUAUUAAUAUGCUCAGAUGAUGAAGAAUGAAGUUUACAUUUUAUUUGUUGAUUUCUAUAUUUUGAGUUGUGAUGUUAUAAAUAAGGGGACUCUAUAAAUGUGUCUAGCUGAAUUGGGGGAGGGGGAUAUAAUGUACAGUAUGAUAUUUUGGAUAUUCUAAAUUUUGUUGUUAGGGGGUUUUGUAGUAAUUGACUGGCAUUUGAGAUUCAAAAUUAUUCUUGUUAAAAACAAUUGCUGUUAUUACGUAAUAUAAAAUAUUCUGAUCAUCUCAGAAGGGUAUGUAAUUCAGGGCUUCUGUACCACUUUUUGAAGAUGUGGUGUACCUUAUCCAAGUGAAAACUAAUUCAGUGAUAUGGUUAGCGGAAAAAUUGCCAUCAAAAAACAGGACGGGAUGAACUUCCCUUUCUCCAAGCAAUUUCGCCCAGUGGAAAAGCAGAGUUCAGAAAAUAUGAAAAUUUCUGGCUCAGGGACAGUGACUCUGUCUAAAUAUUCCAUAUUGCUAACAGCCUAAUAUUUAUAUACAUUAAUACUGUAUGUUGUAACAUAUAUUUUGAAAUGUCUUCGGGAAAGCUCUUUAAUAGCAACUGCACAUAAAAUCAACCAAAUUGAAAACACUCAAGUGUGAAAUUAACCCUGGACAGAGUUUAAAUCAGAUAAAGUCAGGAUUGGCUUCAACAACCAAUUUGAAAUGCAAUUCUAAAAAACAUUCUCGUUUACUGUUAAGAUUAUGCAACAUGCAAAAAAUCUAGGGGGCUCUGACCCCAUGCAUGCACCUUAUAGUCAACAUGAAAUUUUAACAAGCUGGGGUUCAGACCCCCUGAGUCUACCUCAUCCCCUCCCCUCCACUACUGACCUGACUGAGAUGUCUGAUAUGAAUAAACUGUAAACUUCGUCCUUCCUCAUCAUUUGAGCAGCACUUUUUAACAUAGUCAGUUUGAUAGCAUAUUAAUGUGUUAAUCUGUGAGGUUUGUGUCAGUGUGAAAUCACCAUGCAGGCAAAUAUUUUAUAAAGUUUGGUCUCCACAUACAAACCAUGCCAAAGAUGCAAUCAUAUGGAACUAUAUGUCCUUUCGUAUCUAAAUUGAGCUUUUUGGGGACCAAGAUAUAGAUCAAUUUGCAUAUACUGCGGAUUCGAUCGGGAAGACUGUUUAAUGCGAAUAAUUAUCGUGUGCGUUGCAACAGUUGGCAUUUGACGUUUCUAGGCAGGUUGAUUGACAUUGCGAGGGGGCGGUUUAUAUGUUACUUUUAAAAUUCAACCGUUUAUGGCGGGAAUUUUACAGUUUACGAACAAGGAAAAGCAUUAUCGAGCAAAACCAGAAGAAGUAACAUUGACGAAAUAAAAUUCAACAAAUAUUAUGUGAGCUAGAACACGAUGUUUCUCUCACAAUUUAUAUAAGCCGCGCCCUCGCAACGUCAAUCAAACUGCCUAGAAACGUCAUAAUGCAACUGUUGCAACACACACGAUAAUUAUUCGCAUUAAACAGUCUUCCCGAAUCCGAUUAAACUAAUUAAAUUUUUUUUAUAAAUUUAGGCAAAGAAGGGAAGGCUUAAUUGUGAAUCGCUUAUAGACACAGGCACAGAAGAAGUAGACAAAAAUCUACAACCUGAAACCAUAUUUGAUAAAAUUGGUCAUACAGUGAUAUCAGCAUGUGCUGGUAAAACAAAUAAGGAGGUAAACAUUUUUUUAAAUUGUUUAUUCAAAAGCAUGGCAUUUUUUCUCUAUUAUUCAAAUUGAAUUUUUUUUAAAUACUGUCAAAACAUUUAAUUAAUGUACCAUUAAUUUUGCGUUUUUUUAAAUUCAACAGAUAUCUUACUUUGUGAGAAAGACCGAGCUUGCCUUCUUGGAGGCCAUUGCAAUCAGGUGGGAUUGCAUUCCAAGUAAACAAAAAAAAAGAAGGCAUAUAUUUUCAACCAAUUGCGAGAUUUCAAAGAUUUGUGCCUUCCUUCUGGAACAAGGGAAAUGUUGCAGCAGGAGAAUGGAGUGAUGAAAGGUGUUAGAUGCAUUGUUGUCCGCAUGAGUGCUUUUUCAUCUAUCAUGCAAGAAAAAUUACGGACAGGUAAUGUAUUUAUGUAAUAAUUAUGGAUGCAAUAAACAGACUGAUCUGGUAAAUACACCAUAUAUGCAGCACUCCUAUGUGAAAGCGAGUCGUUUAUCCUAAUAAAAUAUUCAAAUUUGGCAACAAGGCCUGCAUGGUAUAAAACAAAAAAUUAAUUAACAUCAUCAACUAUAUGUAUGAAGAAUAGCGAGGUUCGAUCACGACAAACUGACCAACCAAAAUCUGAAAUGCUGUAAGAUUACAUUUAAUUUGAUUGCUGUAAGAUAAAAAAGGCAGCAAUGUGGUUUCUGACUAUGGGUUAGGUGAUUUCUAAUUAGGCAUGCACAGAUAGAUGUUGAAAUUUUUGGUAUAUGGCGUGCUUCCUAAUUUUUAGUCACUUGAGAAACUCAGUAAAUCGUAGAAAAACAAAAUGCAAAUAUAAUUAUUUGAUGAUUAUGCCAGUUAAUAGACAGCACUGCAUGUUUGCAAGACCUCGCCUGUAAAAUAACUCAUACUUUCUUUUAAUUUAGUGAUUCCAGAUAUGCAAUGUGGGGGAGAUCAGCCGGACAACGUUCUCAUUCCAUUCACGUCACUACCAGACACGACUGAAAGCAUCCAACAACCUGCAGUGCCUCAAUCACCAUCCUCUGGUAGUGAAGAACACAUUGUUGCUCUCAUUCCAUCCACCACGUCAGUAUCUGACACGACUGAAAGCAUCCAACAACCUGCAGUGCCUCAAUCACCAUCCUCUGGUAGUGGAGAACACAAUGUUGCUCUCAUUCCAUCCACCACGUCAGUAUCUGACACGAGUGAAAGCAUCCAACAACCUGCAGUGCCUGAAUCGCCAUCCUCUGGUAGUGGAGAACACAAUGUUGCUCUCAUUCCAUCCACCGCGUCGGUAUCUGACACGUGUGAAAGCAUCCAACAACCUGCAGUGCCUGAAUCACCGCCCUCUGGUAGUGGAGAACACAAUGUUGCUCUCAUUCCAUCCGCCGCGUCGGUAUCUGACACGUCUGAAAUCAUCCAACAACCUGCAGUGCCUGAAUCACUGCCCUCUGGUAGUGGAGAACACAAUGUUGCUCUCAUUCCACCCGCCACGUCAGUAUCUGACACGACUGAAAUCAUCCAACAACCUGCAGUGCCUGAAUUACCGUCCUCUGGUAGUGGAGAACACAAGUAGUUGUAAUUAAUGGGCACAAAAAAGAUUAAAAUUAAUUGUUUAAAAUUCAAUAACAAUGAUUGUGUUGGUUACCGACAAAAUAUUCUAGCAAUUAUUUUUGUAGCCAUAGUCUCAUGUUUGUUUAAGCGGCCACGCAAGACUCAGUCUUAUACCUAACAAUUAUUGAACGAGGUUGAGCACGAUAUGAAGAAUUAUCAAGCCCGAAGUUUGCCGUUAUCAACCGAAGCCGAAGGCUGAGGUCAAUUGAUAACGGCAAACUGAGGGCUUGAUAAUUCUUCAUAUUGUGUGAAAACAGAAUUCAAUAAUUGUUUUAGUUAUUUAAAAAAUUCAAAACAAACAUUUGUAUUUUAUUUGUAUUAAGAAAAUAACAAUUCCUUAGUCCUUCGGCAGCCGUCAUUGCAUCAUAUCAAUGGCGUCAGCGAGUCAAUAUGAUUCUCGUCGUCAUAGUAAUAUGUCGCAAACGCGUUCAAUUUUUUUUCAUUUUCACUCUUUGACAUCAUUUUGCUAAUAUGAAUGUCAAAAAUCCGUAUUUGGUUAGCCAUUGAGUUGAUAUGACAAUUUCACAGUUGGCUGUUAGCCAAUCAGAAACCAGGAAUUUUUUAAAUAAAUAAAACUAUUUAUUGGGAUUCCUAUAUGGUGGAAGUGAGCCAGUAAGGCUGUUUAUAUUGUUGGAGAAAUACUUUAUUAAUAUUUUAAUGUGUUGUUCAAUUUUGGUUAAAUUUGUUAAAUAAAUAUCAGAAUAUUCUGGUUAUCAGUUUCGAUUGUUUCGUAAUUGAUAUACAAACAUUAGGUAUAUACUAUUGCACGUAACCACUUCUAGGGUCCAUUGUAACCGAGCAGUCAAUUAAUGUCUUAACACUUAUCUUUGCGUGCUGGAAGGGUACCGCGGCAAUAUGUUAAAUACAAAGUAAAGUUCGAUUUUUCUGUUUCUUUUCGAUUUUCAGUCCAAACUGGGCUAUAAAAAACUCUUAGUUACCUGUCGAUCUGUUUUUUCUUAAACGGCAACGCAAAUACAUGUUACAUAUAUUAAUACAAUUUGCAAAUAGGUUUAACAGCAAUAACGUCUAUAAUGCCAAUAACGUCUAUACUGUAACGAGAUGGGAAAAUAUUGUCUGAAAGUGAAUUGGUUUCAACCAUAAACACUUUUUAUAUUAGACCUAUAUAGAUUCUCACACAUUCUAUCGAAAAUUCUUGAAGACUUUGUUGCAUGUUUGUUGGAUGAUUGAGGACGUCAGUGUCGAUCCUCGACAAUUUGGCAGUCUUAUAGAGGGAGCUCUAUAACAAUAUUGUCUACUGGACUUAUUGAUUCAUAACUGGCUUAAAAAACGUAGAUAACCCUGGAAGUUUCCUGAGCCGAGCAUGCUUUCUUGAUUUCAGCAAAGCAUUUAAUAGGAUUAUAGAAAAGCUUAUCAAAUACAUAUAUCUCGCCCAAACGUCAAUAUUUCACGGUUCAAACUAAUUGUUACGUUUCAACAUGCACGUUUGACCCGCUCAUCGUGUACGUUUGAAACGUAAACAAAUGUGAAAAAAAGUUUGGAUUUUGCGGUUGCUUGCAAAUGGUAUAGUAAUAAGAAGAAGUACAACGUAUGAGGUUAUAGAUUCAUGUCUCGCUAUUUAUAAUGCUAACCCCAAUUCCCACUCUAGCCCUAACCGCUAACCCUAUUAGCGAGACAUGAAUCUAUAUCCAUGUAUGAUCUUUCUGUAGUCGCUGGGAGCAAAUACUGACAUUGGCAUAUAUUAUGUAAAAUUGUAAAUACUUCAAAAUAAUUGUGUUCUAACUGAUUUUCCCUUACAUAUAUGAUUAUCAUCAAAAUGAGGCAAAUGGUUAAUUUAAUAGAUCAUAAGCAUUAAAAUAAGGGUGAGGACAUGUUAGGUUUCGUCAAGAGUAACGUCUGUUCACAGGCUAGGACAUGUUGGUUUUUAGCGGAUUUCUCACAUGGUUAAACAUGCAUUUAAGAUCAUGCACAUUGUAAUAUAACUAUAUAAGGGCCUCCAAAAACGCUGGGAAUGCCGUUUCAGUGUACCAAAAUUUAGAAAAAAAGUUUGGGUAGCAUACCUCGGGAGUCGGGACCUUCCUAAUUUGGAGUCCGUCCCCCUCCCCACCCCCACUUUUUGGGAUAGAUUGACGCCCUUGAACAAACUUCUUUUUAUAAUAAUAAAUUACCUCUCUGGCUCUCAGUAUCUUCGCAGAAGAAUUCAAACUGGAAAUAUGUCGACGAUAUUACAUCCGUUUUCGGAAGUGGUCCAAGAAAAUGGCGGUCCCGAAAGUCAGUGCUUGAUAAAGUAUAG